AUGUGCAAAAGGUGCAAUGCUAUCGGAGAGGAGGUUUUUUCUAGGAAGCAGGCUAAUUUUACCGUCAUGUGUCAAACAGCUUUGGCAAAUCUAAUGCUGAGGCAUGGCGGUCGUUUAUACUUUAUGGAAUCUAAGGAACUCAUACCUUUUCUUGAGGAGUGUUGGGAAGAACUCACAACACAGCCAAGGAAGUCCAAUAAUUCAUGGUAUCCGAACAUCCAUAAAACUUUGACUAGUAGUGAUGUUUUCAAAACUGUAGAAACGCCAGACGAUCUCUACGUGUGCUUAUCAAAUACGGACCUCACAAAAAUUGGUCCGAGUUAUGAUCGAUUUCGUGCUCUUACAAGCCAGUUGCGGACAAAUAUUACUAAACUGGGUGUCCCGUCCGCAAACAUUCCCGCCAGUGUGUCUCAAAAUCAGUCUUCGGUGUCGGGUGCUGUUUCCGAUACUGCAGAUCAGUUCCUGCAUCAUUCGUCAGCUGGCAACCAGUUUCCUUUUAGUGGUGAAAUUGAUGGUGUGGAUCAACCUGCUUGGCGUAAACGCAGAUCUCCGGGUAAUAGUUUAUUCAGUGGAAUGGGUAGUUUUUCUGUAUCAUCUUUUAUGCCUGGCACGUCUUCAGAAGGCAAAAUUUCGGGGAGUAUGUCUACUACUGAAGUUUCAACGUUCCCUGGUAUGAGAGCUUCUGCGUCAUCCAAUGAAGUAAACAAUGCUUCUCCAAGUGGCUUGGUGCGUUCAACUCGCCGAGCCACUUUAACGUCUGUUCUUGGUGGGACUACUGCACUGAGUGGAGCUGCAGUUUCUGAUGAAGGACGUGUAAAGUUGAAUGCUUUGGGGUUUCCAAUAGAUCAUGCGCUAAAUAGAGAAGGAUAUCGGUAAGUGUCGUAUUUUGACUAUAUGCUUGCGCACCUAAGCUUUUAAACAUUCACACUGGCUCCGUUUGUUCAUCUUCACAUACCUAUUUCUUAAAAGUCAUUAUUCUACGGUAAUGUUGCUAACUCCUCAAAUGUAAGUGUUUGGUAGCUUUGGUUCUUUUUCCAGUAUGAAUUCACACUUAAUUUGGUCAUGUGGUUGCACCAGGUGCCAGUUGGUGUAUCAGAAACAGCUUUUUAUGCAAGUGAUCCGUGCACCCAGCUACCACUGAAUGUGGAGUUUCAGUUUGGUCUUCUCUUCAGCCUUAUUCAAGCAGUUACUUGACCAGAAUAGACGAAAUGUGGUGAAACAGAGUACUUAUUUCAGCUGUCUGUUUUCCCAUCAGUAUUGUAAUAGAAAGUCUAAAAAAUAUGCCCUGGGUAACUGACAGCAUUGAAUCAGUGACCAGUAGAAUUAUGUUUUGACAUUGAUGAAUGCGCUAACCCUACCCGACGUAUUCUCAUAAACUAACCUGAUUUUCUUAAUUUGUAUUUGAGCUUUCGUUACGUAUAUCUGAUUUAUAAACAUUUGCACUUGGAGUUUUAAUCCAGUAAACAUUAGAGCUCGCUUGACAAAAUGUAUGUAAUUUAAUAGACCACAAUUCCGAUUGUAAUUUGCCUGAAUGAAAUUUAAAGACUAUAUGAACUGUGGACGUUUAAACCAAGUUCAGAAGUGAUGGUUUGGAUGGAUUUGGGCGUUGGCUAAAUUGUAUUCGGUGUUAUUAAGAACUGUUCCGAUUAUUUACGGAAAUGUGACAAUUAAAAUUUAAAACUGCA